AUGUCGGCCGAGAAGUCUCGCACUGAGAACCCUGCUGAAGACCAAAAUCGCGAGCCGUCAUUUCUCCUAAAUCUCUUACGUCUCCCUCCUUACCCUCUUCGAUCUCCAACAGGCCUCCAUAACCACCAGCCUCCUUACGUCGUUGCUACCUCCACCCUCCUGAUGCCGUUGUUACCUCCUAGACCUUCUAUCGAUAAAUUGAUGUCCCUCCCCACAUAUUUUCUUAAACACCAUAGCAUUGGAUUUGAAGCCUACUUGGUUGGUGGUUGCGUGAGACAUUUACUUGUAAAUAGAACACCAAAAGAUUUUGAUAUCAUCACUACAGCUGAUCUUAAUCAGGUUUCCUUCCUUAAAACUACUCUAUUCCUGUGA